AUGGUUCUUCAAAACGAUAUUGAUCUGCUAAACCCACCAGCUGAGCUUGAGAAGAGGAAGCACAAACUCAAGCGUCUUGUUCAGUCCCCUAACUCCUUUUUCAUGGAUGUGAAGUGCCAAGGCUGCUUUAACAUUACAACGGUGUUCAGCCACUCGCAGACGGUUGUGGUGUGUGGAAACUGCCAGACUGUGUUGUGCCAACCCACAGGAGGAAAGGCUAGGCUCACUGAAGAUAUUACUUCGCCUAGUGUAAGAGAGAACGCUGUGAAUGUGAUCUGCUAUUUAGCAGAAUCAGAAAAAUGUGAGAACUGGCUUGUCACAGAGAACGCAUUGCCGCCAUUGAUAAGACUGCUUGAAUCCGAAAGUCAAGUAGCUAAAGAGAAAGCUGUUAUUACGUUGCAUAGAUUGUCGUUUUCAUCGGCGACAUCGCGUUUGAUUGUUGGUCACGGAGAGGUUAGUUCGUUGAUCAAGAUUUUCAAAACAGGGGACUCUGUUUUUCUCAAGCUGCUUCCGCUUGUACUUUGA